AUGAGUUGUGGGGCAGACGGAGAAGGCAAAGGGAGCAUUGACAGAAGUAGGGGUGGGAAGAGCAGUGGAGGAAGUGAGAGCAGUGGGGGCAGGGACAGCAGUGGGGAGGGGGGCACUGGUGGGAGUGAGCUGUUGAGUCAGGAGGGCAAGAGGAGCUGGGUGCAGUGGUGCCUGCCUCCCCCCCGGGAUGACUACCGGGACAAGGAGUUCAUUCAGAUUGAACGAGGCCCGCUAGCCCUUCGCCAGGCCUUCAUUCAAAUCCUUUCUGCGGACCCAACAGCCCUCCGAACCGGAGGCUUGGACGUUCGGUUCACGGGCGAGGGUGGGGCCGCAGGUCCGGGAGUGCUUCGGGAGUUCUUCGCCUUCGUUCGGGCACACCUCUUCGACCCGAACCUGGGCCUCUUCUCUCACGUACCUCACGACCCGAGCCGGUUCUCCCUCUCCCUGGCAUCCCGAGCCAACCCUGCCGAAGCUAAGGAGUACCUUCGGUUUGCCGGACGUAUCCUGGCCCUUGCUUUGGCGCAUCAAGUGCCGUUAGGAGUGAAGCUGUCACGGUCCCUGUUUGUGUUGCUUGCGGCUCGCCCACCCUCGCUGGCUGAUGCUGCUGAUGAUGAUCCCCAGUUUGUUGCUAGCUGUCGGUCUUUGCUGGCUAUGGCUGAAAGGGAGAGGGAAGAAGCAGCAGAGGGAGGAGGAGGAAGAGAAGGAGGAGUGGAGUCAUUGUGUCUCACCUUUGUGGCUUCGGUAGAGGAUCCGAUGGGGGGGGCAGCAAUCGAAGCAGAGCUUGUUCCAGGUGGCAGCGAGCGAGUGGUCCGCGCGGAUGACGUGGCGGAGUUUGUGCAGCGGAUGGUGCAGUUUAGAGUGUGCGGGGUGGUGGAGGAGGAGGGGGAGGCGUUGCGGCGAGGCAUGGAGGAUAUACUGGGGAGCGGAGGAGGGCGGGAUGUGGUUCCAGGGAAGGGGGAUGUGGCGGAAGGAAGGGAAGGGAUGGAUGGGAAAGGAGGGAUGGACGGAAAUGUAAGGGGUCGGGGAGGGCGGGAAGGUGGUUAUGGAGGAGGUAACAUGGAAGGAGGGGAUGGGCAGCAGACGCCGAUCCAGAAAAAUGAUGAUGAUUGCUGCAUUGAUUCGGUUGAAGGCAUGAGUCUCGCUGCCAUGCUUGCUCCCCUUUCAUGUGACGAUCUCAAUUUGCUUCUCCACGGGGAGGAUCGCCACGUGGCGGUCUCUGAUUGGCAGGCACACACGGUGUACCACGGGUAUUGUCUGGAAGAUCCCCAGCAGCAGCAGCGGCCCGCCACGACCGUCGUCCGCGGCGGCCCGGGCGGCGACGCGAUCGUUUCAGCCGUCGGCUUUCAGCUCGUCCGCUCCGCCGCCCCUGACGACUUCGCGUCUGACGGCGCCUCCCCUGUCGCUACCACAACCGCCAGCACCGCGGCCGACAACGUGACGAUAAAGUACCACGGCGGACCGGUGGUGGUGGGCAAUCCAACGGUCAACAUUUACCACAUCUACUACGGCAGCUGGGGGGCGGGGUCGGGCAAGGAGAUAUUAGAGGCGUUCGUGCAGUCGUUGAGUAGUGACUCGGGCAGCCAGGGCGGCGCGGGGGACGCGAGUGUGAAGGGGUGGUGGGCCAUCACGGCCGCGUACUACCAGUCUGGCCCCGACGGGAAGAAGAAUGUCAGUUCCAAGGUUCGUCUCGCUGGGACUGUGAUCGACAACUAUUCACACGGCAAGAACCCGUCAGACAGCGACUUGCGCGCCAUAUUGAAGAGCCAGGUGGGGCCGGGCAAGCCCUUGCCGCUGGACCCUCACGGCAUCUACUGCCCUGGCGCGUGUGGGGAAAGGAGCCCGUCACCCAACGGCAACCCUGGCAUUGAUGGUAUGAUCACCUCACUCGCGCAUGAGAUCACCGAAACUGCCACAAACCCUGCCGGUUCGGGGUGGUUCGUUGACGGGGACGGGGAGAACGGUGACGAGUGCGCGUGGAAUUUCGGCAGCACCAAAACCGGAUCCCUGCAGAACGGACAGAAGUUCGAGUAUAAUCUGGUGGGGUUGGAUGGGAGGAAGUUCCUGGUGCAGCAGAACUGGGACCGCGUGCUGAACAAGUGUGUGCUGCAAAACGCCCUUCCCUCUCCUUCUCCUCCUUCUCCACCUCCACCACCUCCUUCGAGUGGAGGCAGUGAGAAAAUGCAAUGUGAUUUCAACUGUGCUAGUGCCAGCAAUCCCAUGAGCUGCCAGUGCACCUGCACCAAGACAGGGUGA